GUCGUUGUAGUUAUACACAAGGAAGCCUUCACAGUACCGUUAGAAUACUUAUGUUGUUAAUGUGUUGCUAUGAAGCAGCAUGGGCAAACGCCGCUGGACUGAUGACCAACUGCUUGCGUUGCAACAAGCUGCAGAACGUAUAGCUGUAGACAAUGGAAGACUUACUGUCAAGCACUUAUCAGAAAGCUUGAGGAACGACUCGCGAUUUGCCAAUGUUACCAAGACACAACUACAGGGCUUUAUUUACAUGAGCAAUAUUGGUAAAGAAUUAAGGCAUGGUAGCGGCACCAAUGAUGCACCUGUUAACGAAGAAGAGAAGUCUGGUCCGACACCACCCAAAAAACGCUGUCGGUGGAGUACUGAAGAUGAGCAGGCUUUUAAUAAAGCAUUACGAACUAUCGUGGCUACUGUGAAGGAAGCUUCGCCACAGACAAUGUUGCAGGAAAUGGGGCGGCCCAGUAUUACAGCACGCAUGGUGCGGAAUCGACUGCGGAAGGAACAAAGUCAAAAAGGUGACAUUGUUCCAAGCAGUGCUCAAAAGGAGAGCGGUAUAGAAGAAGACAAGAAGGCGACGAGGCCGCUGGCCACGAGGAUGAGGGAACAGGCUCCGAUGGGGAGGAUGAGGGAGACAAUGGCACGGAUAGCCCCAGCCAUGACUCGGAUGAGGCCAUGAGAUCGCUUCGGUCUGGUGUACCUUAGCCUUCAUCCAUCAGUAGGGGGCUUCGGGCUUCUCCCGCUUACGGAGCACAUCAGAGGACGCCAUGCAGCUACCGCAGUACGAGGCAUCAUGGGGGCAUGCGGAGGACUCCGGACAACCCCAGCAUGGCCUAAGGUACUGCUUGCCUUAAUGAGGAAGAUCCAUGAAGCAGCACAUCCACUGUGCCUACUACCAAUCCCGGGAGACAACCGAUUGCUAGGUGAUAGGAUGAUCCUGGGAAGGAAAAUUAAGAUUAGGUGCCCCGCCAUGGAACGGCUAGUGUCGGCCCUAAGCCACCUUCCACCCAUUGAAAUAGUGGACGUAACUCUUUUGUCUCCAGGUGAUUGGUGCUAUAAUAUUCCCCUAUGGGGGAAUCCGAUAAUCGUAGCAAAUGGAGGGCAAUGCUUAGACACGAUGUUCGCUGAAUUGAGGGAAUUGCGUGGUUUUAACACGGUAGGAGUGGCAGCAGUUAAAUGUGUUAAUUCAGCUCAGUUCGGUUAAGGAUAGCGGGACAAGCUAUUUUUACUCCGAGUAUGUACCAGGAGUGUGAGCAAAUUUACGCAACUAGGAUUUUAAGAGGAGUGUUGGGUUUGCCUGAUGGGUAUAUACCCCCAGAAUCGCUGAGAUCAUGGGUGACAGCGCUAAAGUGGAUGAACACAAUUCUGCUUUACAUACCCAUGGGGUGGGUACUAGCAGCCAGAAGUGUGAUUGAACGACGGGUGGACGGGAUUAUCCCCCCGGAAAAGGAGACGUGGAGUCGGAUAGCCCGUAGUGUUGGUUGGAGAAUCGGGCGGACAGUGGUAAAGCUACCUGACUUGACCGUUAGGAUUGCGACACACUUGCAAAUGAGCGCAGGUUAUGAUGCACUGGAAAUGAAACAUAUAGCUUUCAUCAAGGAAGCGAGGGGUGUUGCGGAGAUUCCUAUGACGGCGUUAACAGAGUUUAGAGACACUUUGAAAAGGCUAUGGUAUUUACGGUGGGAUAAUGAACACAAGGAAGCUUUAUGGAGGUUAGCAGUGAAUGGUUUUCCGGCAGCACGACUAAGAGGGAAUGUGACAAGAUGCCCUUGUUCGGCUGCUAUGAUCAGGGGAGACAGGAUUCAUCUGUUUUGGGAAUGUACGGUGGCAAGAGCGUUAUGUGACAUGCUUAGGUUUGAAGUUGGUGAAAACGUUGAACUGACCAAGGUGAAUUUAUGGUUAGGUAUACCGCCAUUAGGUAUUCAUACCCUAGUGUGGGAUAUAGUAUGCCUUGCAGCUCUGAGUGCUCUUGAGCGAGGUGGGGAGAAAGUUGAUGUACAGAAAAGGACUGGAGGAAGGAAGAGGAGGAACGGUUACAAGACAAGAGAUUAACGCGAUCGGUGUUGAGGUGAUGGCUGAUUUUUGGGCACGGAUUCGUUCCUUGCCACGUUGAAUAUUCCCCCGAGAGGUUGGGGGAGAAUACCUAGACAACACCCUUUCCUAGCAACUGAUAACAAUGGUUCAGUGGUGUAUAAACCACCACCAGGUGAAUAAAAUGUUAUCCCUUACUUGAAGAGGGACAAUUGAUCCCAACUUAGCCCUUGGCCCG